GAAAGAUUCCUUUGUAUCAAGAACUGAGUAAACAUAACAAACAAACAAAAAAGAAAAGAAAAAUAAUGGCAUCAUGGAAGAAAACAAUAGCAACACCAUUCAAAAAGGCAGCAACACUCUUCAACCAACCGCAGCAAUCGCCUCGAAAGGGAUGCGUCGGUGGAAAAAUGGAUGCGAAAGCGAGGGAAGAGCUCGAGAGGAGGAUGGUAAAAGAGCUUCAAGGAGAAGUCAUGGCUUGUGGAUACGACGAUGUUCUCGUCAUGUGGUCUAUUCUCGACAAAUCUAACUCCUCCAAUAACCUCACUUCUUAAACCCAAUCCAAACACCUAAAAAAAUGGUUUCCUUAUCUGCUUUUUGUACAUAUAUAUAUUAAAAGCGGUAUAGGCCUACGCCUUAGGGAUCACCUCCUUCUUGUUCCGUGGUCGUGGCUUUUUUAAGGUCUAGUAAACCUUUUUUCGACGAAUUAUCGUCGAGAAUUUAGAUGUUGUUCUUUCCUCUUUUGAUGACCCACAUGAUUCUGUUACGUUGGGAUUUUUUUUUAAAGAGAAAAGGUUUUCUUGAGUUCUAUAUCAUUUUUAUGAGAUGAUUAGCAUUAUGUUAUCUGUUUAGGAACCCAAGAACUAGUUCUCCAUAAUGUAAAAGCCAUGUGUUGACCCCAGUUGCACAUGAGUUAAAUUAUUAAUCA